AUGUCACAAAAACCUCACUUGGAGGUCCAGUCUUCCAUCAACAGCAGUGCAGUGGUCAGUUCUAUUUACAUCCUGCAUUUAAAAUACUUUUGUACUUUCAUUGUCUAGUUUGUCUUGAUGAGUGUCUGUGUAGCGCUAUGAUACACAGAUCCCUGGCUGAUGAUCAGAAUGCUCUGGGCUGAUGGUCAGAAUGCUCUGGGCUGAUGGUCAGAAUGCUCUGGGCUGAUAAUAAUAAUAAUAAUAUGCCAUUUAGCAGACGCUUUUAUCCAAAGCGACUUAGUCGUGCGUGCAUACAUUUUUUUGUGUAUGGGUGGUCCCGGGGAUCGAACCCACUACCUUGGCGUUACAAGCGCCGUGCUCUACCAGCUGAGCUACAGAGGACCACUGAUGAUCGGAAUGCUCUGGGCUGAUGAUCGGAAUGCUCAGUGCUCCUCUGAAACAAGCUACUUAACCUUUUCACAUGAGUUACAAAUAUCUUUCUAACAGUCACCCCAGCGUGAUUUGUUUUAUGCACGUGAUGUCAGAAUAUACUUACUGUUACAAAAUGUGAUUGUUACGCAACAGGACAGUUAUCUAUAGACUAUGUUUCAACUUGUCCAUUUCUAAUUACACUGCUCAAAAAAAUUAAGGGAACACUUAAACAACACAAUGUAACUCCAAGUCAAUCACACUUCUGUCCACUAAGGAAGCAACACUGAUUGACAAUAAAUUUCACAUGCUGUUGUGCAAAUGGAAUAGACAACCGGUGGAAAUUAUAGGCAAUUAGCAAGACACCCCCAAUAAAGGACUGGUUUUGCAGGUGGUGACCACAGACCACUUCUCAGUUCCUAUGCUUCCUGGCUGAUGUUUUUGUCACUUUUGAAUGCUGGCGGUGCUUUCACUCCAGUGGUAGCAUGAGACGGAGUCUACAACCCACACAAGUGGCUCAGGUAGUGCAGCUCAUCCAGGAUGGCACAUCAAUGCGAGCUGUGGCAAGAAGGUUUGCUGUGUCUGUCAGCGUAGUGUCCAGAGCAUGGAGGCGCUACCAGGAGACAGGCCAGUACAUCAGGAGACGUGGAGGAGGCCGUAGGAGGGCAACAACCCAGCAGCAGGACUGCUACCUCCGCCUUUGUGCAAGGAGGCGCAGGAGGAGCACUGCCAGAGCCCUGCAAAAUGACCUCCAGCAGGCCACAAAUGUGCAUGUGUCUGCUCAAACGGUCAGAAACAGACUCCAUGAGGGUGGUAUGAGGGCCCGACGUCCACAGGUGGGGGUUGUGCUUACAGCCCAACACCGUGCAGGACGUUUGGCAUUUGCCAGAGAACACCAAAAUUGGCAAAUUCGCCCUGUGCUCUUCACAGAUGAAAGCAGGUUCACACUGAGCACAUGUGACAGAGUCUGGAGACGCCGUGGAGAACGUUCUGCUGCCUGCAACAUCCUCCAGCAUGACCGGUUUGGCGGUGGGUCAGUCAUGGUGUGGGGUGGCAUUUCUUUGGGGGGCCGCACAGCCCUCCAUGUGCUCGCCAGAGGUAGCCUGACUGCCAUUAGGUACCGAGAUGAGAUCCUCAGACCCCUUGUGAGACCAUAUGCUGGUGCGGUUGGCCCUGGGUUCCUCCUAAUGCAAGACAAUGCUAGACCUCAUGUGGCUGGAGUGUGUCAGCAGUUCCUGCAAGAGGAAGGCAUUGAUGCUAUGGACUGGCCCGCCCGUUCCCCAGACCUGAAUCCAAUUGAGCACAUCUGGGACAUCAUGUCUCGCUCCAUCCACCAACGCCACGUUGCACCACAGACUGUCCAGGAGUUGGCGGAUGCUUUAGUCCAGGUCUGGGAGGAGAUCCCUCAGGAGACCAUCCGCCACCUCAUCAGGAGCAUGCCCAGGUGUUGUAGGGAGGUCAUACAGGCACGUGGAGGCCACACACACUACUGAGCCUCAUUUUGACUUGUUUUAAGGACAUUACAUCAAAGUUGGAUCAGCCUGUAAUGUGGUUUUCCACUUUAAUUUUGAGGGUGACUCCAAAUCCAGACCUCCAUGGGUUGAUACAUUUGAUUUCCAUUGAUAAUUUUUGUGUGAUUUUGUUGUCAGCACAUUCAACUAUGUAAAGAAAAAAGUAUCUAAUAAGAUUAUUUCAUUCAUUCAGAUCUAGGAUGUGUUAUUUUAGUGUUCCCUUUAUUUUUUUGAGCAGUGUAUUUUCUAACAACAGUUUGAAUUGAGGUGUGUUCUGCCUCAUUCAUAUAAAUUAGAAGUAGCCCAUUUCAGUGUAUGUUUGAGGCUUUACUGAGCCGGAUAAACUUCUCUCUUUGAGGAGAGCUUAAGCACUUCCCUAGUGUUUCCGCAGAUCAAGUUUGCAGACAUUUGCGCAGUCUUGCACGAACAGGCACAUUUUCUGGCUGGCAUUUACAGUUUUUUUCACGUUUUCAAGUACUGGUGACAGUUAAUGCAUUCCGAUUAUUACAUAGAUUGUGACACCUAUGAUGUAAAAUACUUUUUUGAAGGUUGUACUGAUUUAUAAUAAACGAAUGCUAAGCGAUGUGUGGCGCCAUGUUUGUUGACAUUAUACAAUGCAUUCUGGGUGUCACGUAAACAUCUGUCAGACCAAAGAUGUUAUACUGAGGUGAAGGAAUGGUUCUCAUCUUUUGAGCAAACUUCCAGAAGUGAAUGAAGGGAAGUGAAUGAUCCUAGAUGACACACCCCCUUCAACAUGAAUACUGCAAACAGACCAAACUCAUCUUGUCUCCUGUUAUCAUUGGUUGAAGCGAAAAAACAAACAUGGUGGUGUGCGCAAACUACCCAUCGUCGGAUUACUUCAGAUUACUAGAACGUGUUUUACUCAAUUAUUUUGAUCAAUGGUGAGUUCACCCGUGAUGUGAUGAAUUGUAAAUAGUAAUUGCUAUUAGCUAAUUCAUAUUGUGGUUUCUGUCAGCCGAGAGUUCUCUAAAUAUGACCUCUUGUGUUAUGUCUAUCUUUCCUAAAUUAGCGCUAGGACUAAUGUAGCCUACAUUUUCCGAUUUGGAUGGUUGUGUAUGCUGUCGCUGCUUCUGUGAAUGUCUGAACAUUGCAUUCAAAAAUAAACUGGUCACAUUCAGGACAUAACUUUGUAAGGACUGUGUUUGUGUGAAAUAUGUAUAUGAAAAAAAAGUGUGGCUAGCUCAAAUGCUGACUGUUGUGUCAAUCGAAACUGGACGUUCUAAAUGAGCGUUCUAAGCAAACCGGUUUGAUCGUACGCUGCAGGGACCACUGUAGAAUGAUCACACCCGUUUGUUGUUAUGUGUGAAAAGGAUAAUGGAAAUGGCUCUUAAUGUUGGUGAUUCCUUUGUAAAUGUAUAGGAGUAGGUCUGACAAGCAGGAUAAUUAUGUAAAUGCAGUAAUCAUAAUAUUUUCUUCCUCUUUGUCUCUCCUCCUCCAUAGAUUCGCUACAUAUCUCAGACACAAGGGUUGCCGGGGGAGCAACUGCUGAACGUGGGGACCAAGACUUCCCGCUUCUUCUGCAAAGAGUCUGACUCGCCUUAUGCUCCCUGGAGACUGAAGGUAACGCGCGCUGACACCAUGUGACUACUGAACAUGGACAUCAUAUACCAUAAGUACACCCAGUUCUGAGUACGCUAGGCAGAAUUCUAGAGAAUGCAUGUCCAUAUUUUGAAGACUCUCCCAUUUCUGUAGCUGACAGAGGAACAUGAAACUGAGACUGGGAUGAAAUCCAAAGAGGCUAGGAAGUACAUCUUUAGCAGUCUGGAUGACAUAGCACAUGUGAGUACAGAACUUUGAACAAUGUGACACAUUUAAGCAAAGUACAAAAUUGCAUUCAAGUAAAUGAUGAUUCUUAAACGAUCAUAUGACACAGUAGUGUGACCAGUGAACACCAGUGGAUUUUAAUAGAGUAGCUAAAGAUGUUGAUUUCGUUCUGCCUCCUCAGGUGAAUCUGGUGCUGAACAUGGAGGGCAGUGACUCGUUGGCGGAGAAGGCCGACCGGAGGGAGUUUGUGGGCCUGCUGAAGACCAUGUUGCUAAUUGAUGCUGAGAAGAGGAUUUCUCCCUCCGAUGCCCUCAACCAUCCCUUUGUCACCAUGCAGCACCUCCUCGACUUCCCCCACAACAAUCAGUAAGUCUAACCUAUGGCUAAACAACAAACCAACAAAAGCUCUUCCAUGCACUACAAAGAAAUGGUGAGCUACAAACUAUGAUUACAGAUGGACACAGAUCUAGGAAGUAGGCCAUAAUGUUCCAUCCCUCUGCUUGAGUCUUCAUCUCCUCCCUUUCGUCUCUUUAGUGUUCAAUCAUGUUUCCACAUCAUGGACGCCUGUCAAUCACGGCCCAACGCGUACGACACACUCAACCGCAACAAAGCCCCGUUCCCCAGACCCUCAACCAAAUCCGCUGGACUGCCAAUGGCCUUCAGUAAGAUGGGAUCGGUUCACUCUCAGGUAAUCUAUUAAGCACAAUCACAAGAAGCCAGAUAUAUAUUGUCUGAAUUAAUGAACACUGGAAAUCUGAUGUUACAUUUAUGGCUGGGGUACAUAGACUUCUUAUUGGACCAAUGUUUCCACCUACAGGAAUAUUAAGGCUAUUGCAUAAUAUUUACUUAGAUUUGAAAGGCACUGCUACCUCUCAUUUCAGUCUCUGAAGUAAGUGAUGAAAAACAAUGGCAACGCUAGCUAUUCUCAUGUUAUUUGAAAGGCCUAAACUCACCUAUAAAAUGUUUCAGCUGUCUUGAUAUCCUGGCAAGAAACCAUAUUGAUAUAGCAAUGCGCCAAGAAACACACCUGCUCCAAAAGGACACACAUAGAAUAGAGAACCAUUUCUACAAACUGGCUGCUUUUUCAUCAGCCCCAAACAAAACUAAAGGUGUAAUCAUAAUGAUACAUUAGAAACGCAAUUACCAUAUUGAGUAAUGGCGACGACCAAGAAGGCAGAAUCACUUACCUUAAAUGUAUCCAUAAUGGAAAGAAAAAUGGCCUGUAUUCAUGUGUAUACUCCAAAUUCAUAUAUUUUUUUAUUUUACCUUUAUUUAACUAGGCAAGUCAGUUAAGAACAAAUUCUUAUUUACAAUGACGGCCUACACCGGCCAAACCCGGACGACGCUGGGCCAAUUGUGCGCCGCCCUAUGGGACUCCCAAUCACGGCCGGUUGUGAUACAGCCUGGAAUCUAACCAGGGGGUCUGUAGUGACGCCUCAAGCACUGAGAUGCAGUGUUUAGACUACUGCGCCACUCGGGAGCCCAUGAUCCUAUGUUUUUUGAUUCUCUGAACAGCAUAUUGUUAGAAUGAACUGAAUUCCAUCUGGUUAUUGGGAAAGACAUGAAUGCCAUUUUGGACAUGCGGGACAAAUCUAAUAAGACCAACUACAAUCCACACGCAACCAAGGCUCUCCAGCAUAUACUCUGUGAUUACAACCUCGUUGAUGCCUCGCGAGCACAUAAUCCCAAAGCAAAAGAGUACACUUUAUACUCAAACAGGCAUAAAUCAUUCUCACUAAUCGAUUUCAUACUAUUAUCUACACCUCUAUUUUCUUUAAUCAAGAACAUUUAAAUUCGACAUAUGAGUCUAACCACCAAACUUACUACUGCCAACUUAAAAUGUCAGAAUCUCCUAAAAGAGGCACAAAAAUUCAGUCGAUGACCCCCGGAUUCUGUGGGAUGCCACCAAAGGUUUUAUAAAAAAUAAUUCAACUGCAUUUGCAUCUGGGUUGAAUAAAUCACGAUUUAGAGAAGAUAUCAGAAUUGGAAAUGUGUUAGAGCGCUCUCAACAAACACUAUUUCAGACCAGGUAGCUAUUACGCUUUCCAAAGUCAAAACAUAGCUUAAUUUAUUGAUAAGAUAGAGAGCAGAUUUUGCCAUCCAUCGAGUAAAACUCAACCAUUACUUCCAUGGUAAUCGUCCCAGUCGUUUACUGGCAGUAAUGAUCAAUUGACUGAUAUAGCAACUAUUGAAUCUGAAACGGGAAUUACUAUCAGAACCCAAAUUAAUCAAAGAUUCUCCUGCUUCUAUAAAGAACUGUACACCGUUCACAAUGGUUAUUUUGGGAGAGAUGCGAACACAGCAAUUUCGCUUUUAUUCAAGCAUUUUAAGGAUGCCACCCAGUGUUCUCAUUAUCGCCCCGUCUUUGAUAAAAGCAGAUAUUAAACUCUGUUCCAAAAUGUUGUAGUCUCGAGACUUACCCAAAUUGAUCCACAUGGAACAAAGCAGAUUUGUUAAAGCCUUUAUGCUCUGAUAACCUCUGUGGAAUAUUACAGAUCUUAUAUGCUUCAUGAGAAACAACAGCUCCAUGGGCUGUAUUAUCUCUCCAUGCAGGAAAAGGCAAGAAUGGUCAUAUCUCUGGUCUGUCUUGGAACAUAUGGGAAUUGGCUCCAAUUUCAUGAAAAUGAUCAAAAUACUAUAUGCCAAUUCCUCAGCUGUAGUUAUAACAGGCAAUAUCUGCUCUGCUCUGUUCAGAAUCACUAGAAGCAGCAGACAAGGCAAUCCAAUUUUGCCUCUGCUAUUCUCUGGCCCAGGCAAUUUGUCAAUCGAAGGAAAUAAUACACAUUUCUCUCAAAUCUACUGAUCACUUCAUCUCAUUAUACUGGCUCACGACUCCAAUGGAGGACUCCAUCUCUACUUAUGGAAUCCCAAUCGUUUCCCAUUUUAAAUAUUUGGAUGUAAAUAUAUUUCCGUCUUUAGAUAAAACCAUUGCCAGAAACUUUAACACAAUGCUCAAAUCAACAAAUCUGUUUUUACAUGGUCAUCCCAAGAUUCAUUUAGCUAUUUGAUUUUGAGUUUUUGGACCCCUUUAGGUAUUAAAAAAAUAUUUAAUGGAACAUUGACUUUGGCCGUACUGCUAUUAGCCCAUAGAAACGCAUUGAAUAACAUGGAAAAACAGAUGGUGAAAAAAUUCACCAAAAGGAAGUUUGUUUUGAAGUGUCUGUCCUAUAUCUGAGAGCUAUAAGAAAGAUCAGGAAAUUAUAGAUUUUUUUUGGACACAUAUUUAACCCCUAUUUUUUUAGCCACUAAACUACUUCCAUAUACACUGAGCAUACACAACAUUAGGAACACCUUCCUAAUAUUGAGUUGCACCCACCCCCUUUUGCCCUCAGAACAGCCUCAAUUUGUUGGGGCAUGCUCUAUAAGGUGUUGAAAGCGUUCCACAGGGAUGCUGGCCCAUGUUGACUCCAAUGCUUCCUGCAGUUGGGUCAAGUUGGCUGGAUGUCCUUUGGGUGGUGGACCAUUGAUACACACAGGAAACUGUUGAGCGUGAAAAACCCAGUCACGUUGCAGUUCUUGACACAAACUGGUGCGCCUGGCACCUACUACAAUACCCAUUCAAAGGCACUUAAUUUUGUUGUCUUACUCAUUCACCCUCUGCAUGGCACACAUACACAAUCCAUGUCUCAAUUGGGAAUGGGUUGGGGUUAUCUUUGUAUGCAUUUAUUUGAUUGUUUUUGUACCUGUAUCCCCCCUCUGAAAAAGAAAAAUGACAAAACUUAAUAAAAAGUUGGUCAGAAAUGUUUUAUCAUAAUGAAAAAAACCUCUCCCACCUCAAUGCAGGCUUUGACGCAAUCCGCUCCCUCUGUGAUGCAUCCUGGGAUGCUGCAGACAGGAAACAGUCAGUUUGGGUGUAAUGACUCCUUUCAGCCAGCCCUCAUCCUCUGCCCCCCAGCCAUGCAAGGUAAAGAGCUUUUCAAAUUAGCACAUAGUCAAGUCAUUUCAUGAAAGAUACAAAGUCAAUGUUUGUACCAUGUCUUGUGCUGCUACCAUGUUGUGAUGCUGCCAUGUUGUGUUGCUACCAUGUUGUUUUCAUGUUGGGUUGCUACCUUGCUGUGUUUUCAUGUGUUGAUGCCAUGCUAUGUUGUCUUAGGACUCUCUUUUAUGUUGUGUUGUCUCUCUUGUUGUGAUGUGUGUUUAUAUAUACUACCGUUCAAAAGUUUGGGGUCACUUAGAAAGAAAGAAAAGCAUUUUUUUUGUCCAUUAAAAUAACAUCCAAUUGAUCAGAAAUAUAGUGUAGACAUUGUUAAUGUUGUAAAUGGCUAUUGUAGCUGGAAACGGCUGAUUUUUUUAUGGAAUAUCUACAUAGGCGUACAGAGGCCCAUUAUCAGCAACCAUCAGUCCUGUGUUCCAAUGGCACGUUGUGUUCGCUAAUCCAAGUUGAUCAUUUUAAAAGGCUAAUUGAUCAUUAGAAAGCCCUUUUGCAAUUAUGUUAGCACAGCUGAAAACUGUUGUGCUGAUUAAAGAAGCAAUAAAACUGGCCUUCUUGAGACUAGUUGAGUAUCUGGAGCAUCACCAAUUGUGGGUUCGAUUACAGGCUCAAACUGGCCAGAAACAAAUAACUUUCUUCUGAAACUCGUCAGUCUAUUCUUGUUCUGAGAAAUGAAGGCUAUUCCAUGCGGCAGCUUCAUUAAAUAGUACCCGCAAAACACCAGUCUCAACGUCAACAGUGAAGAGGCGACUCCGGGAUGCUGACCUUCUAGGCAGAGUUGCAAAGAUAAAGCCGUAUCUCAGACUGCCCAUCUUAAUAUUUUCUUUUAAUUGGACAGUCUGAGAUGUGGCUUUUUCUUUGCAACUCUGCCUAGAAGAUCAGCAUCCCGGAGUCGCCUCUUCACUGUUGACGUUGAGACUGGUGUUUUGCGGGUACGGUUUAAUAAUGCUGCCAGUUGAGGACCUGUGAGUCGUCUGUUUCUCAAACUAGACACUAAUGUAUUUGUCGUCUUGCUCAGUUGUGCACCGGGGCCUCCCACUCCUCUUUCUAUUCUGGUUAGAGCUAGUUUGCGUUGUUCUGUGAAGGGAGUAGUAAACAGCAUUGUACGAGAUCUUCAGUUUCUUGGCAAUUUCUCGCAUCGAAUAGCCUUCAUUUCGCAGAACAAGAAUAAACUGACGAGUUUCAGAAGAAAGUUAUUUGUUUCUGGCCAUUUUGAGCCUGUAAUUGAACCCACAAUUGAUGAUGCUCCAGAUACUCAACUAGUCUCAAGAAGGCCAGUUUUAUUACUUCUUUAAUCAGCACAACAGUUUUCAGCUGUGCUAACAUAAUUGCAAAAGGUCUUUCUAAUGAUCAAUUAGCCUUUUAAAAUAAUCAACUUGGAUUAGCAAACACAACAUGCCAUUGGAACACAGGACUGAUGGUUGCUGAUAAUGGGCCUCUGUACGCCAAUGUAGAUAUUCCAUAAAAAAUCUGCCGUUUCCAGCUACAAUAGCCAUUUACAACAUUAACAAUGUCUAUACUGUAUUUCUGAUCAAUUUGAUGUUAUUUUAAUGUACAAAAAAAGUGAUUUUCUUUCGAAAACAAGGACAUUUCUAAGUGACCCCAAACUUUUGAACGGUAGUGUAUACAUAUAUAUUAUUAUUAAUUAUUAUUUUUAUUUUUUUAUCCCCCGUCCCCGCAGGAGGCCUUUUGGUAGGCCGUCAUUGUAAAUAAGAAUUUGUUCUUGCUCAAAUCUUAUGCUAGUAUGCUUAUGUUUUGAAGGUAACCCAAACCAGCCAGGAUAUACAGUUAGGAUGGAGAACACGAUACCGAUGGUGACCCAAGCCCCUCCCAUACAGCCUUUGCAGAUGCGACCUGGAGUCAUAGCACAGGUGAGACACUGGCUCACAUUAGUGACACUUAUAUACAAUACAGGAGUCAGAUGCUAGUCUCCCCACUGGUCACAGAGGUAGUAGAAUUCAAGUUAGGCUAUUUCAGGGGUUUGGUGUUUCCCUCACCUAGUCUUAAAGGUUUAUGGUGCACUAAUGAUUCCUGUCUUUGUCCUUUGCAGGAACCGUGGUCAAGUAGAGGCCAGCAGAUCCUGGUACAAGCCUGGCAGCAAGUGGCUCCCCCUCCCACCACUAUGGCUUCUGAUACUGUGGGUGGCCCACAGAGGCUCAGUGACUGGGGGUGAGUUAGUUCACCAGAGGAGUUACCUUUUUAAGACGUACUUCACUUGCCCCUUUCUUCACAUUGUGGAGAUAAACUUAUAUCAUGUUGUUUUGCCUUUUUAAAGGAAAGUUAGGCAACACAGCAACCAUUACAGCAACAUGAUGCAGCCUCUUCUAACCAACCAAAUGACCAUGCCCGGUCCACAACCAAUCAACAUUGGCAUUGCACACGUGGUGUGGCCACAGCCGCACGCCAACAAUAGGAACCGGCCCAGUCAGAACCGGUGAGAUGCCCUCUGUCAGCCCAACGCUUCUCCUCCACACUCCAGUCACAUACAGGGUCUAUGGCAAAUCAAUGCUGUUGUUGAAUUUACCCAAAUUCAUUGUGCCUGGUUUGAUAAAUGAUAGAUUUUACUCAAAUCAAAAUCUAAUCAGUUUAUUUGUCACCUGGAAGUUAAAGGUGCACAAUGCAGAAAGCGCUCUGUCAGUUCCUGGUUACAAAAAUGUGAAUAGUUCGCCUAAUUUCAGAUUGUGACAAAAUAAGCAAGUAUAGUGUAGAGAAUCAUUGUGCCAUCUAAACCGCUGUUAAAUAUAUAACCAAAAAUAUUGUAUUUUCAGCUGUUUUGAAGCUGGUGUACAAAACCGAAAGUAAAAGACUCAAAAACAAAACUUAACGGGAAGCAUAGAAAUAGCGCACAUGGAACAGAUCUACCGCUUCUUAGACUUGCUUUCAAUGAGAAUGACGGAGCUAUAGCUUACAUUUCUAUGUGAAUUUGGUCGGGUUGCCCAAAAAGUUACAUAUUGCAGCUUCAAAGGGAUAAUACUUUGGGAUUUUGGCAACGAGACCCUUUAUCUACAGUAAGGGAAAAAAGUAUUUGAUCCCCUGCUGAUUUUGUACGUUUGCCCACUGACAAAGAAAUGAUCAGUCUAUAAUGUUAAUGGUAGGUUUAUUUGAACAGUGAGAGACAGAAUAACAACAACAAAAUCCAGAAAAACGCAUGUCAAAAAUGUUAUAAAUUGAUUUGCAUUUUAAUGAGAGAAAUAAGUAUUUGACCCCCUCUCAAUCAGAAAGAUUUCUGGCUCCCAGGUGUCUUUUAUACAGGUAACGAGCUGAGAUUAGGAGCACACUCUUAAAGGGAGUGCUCCUAAUCUCAGUUUGUUACCUGUAUAAAAGACACCUGUCCACAGAAGCAAUCAAUCAAUCAGAUUCCAAACUCUCCACCAUGGCCAAGACCGAAGAGCUCUCCAAGGAUGUCAGGGACAAGAUUGUAGACCUACACAAGGCUGGAAUGGGCUACAAGACCAUCGCCAAGCAGCUUGGUGAGAAGGUGACAACAGUUGGUGCGAUUAUUCGCAAACGGAAGAAACACAAAAUAACUGUCAAUCUCCCUCGGCCUGGGGCUCCAUGCAAGAUCUCACCUCGUGGAGUUGCAAUGAUCAUGAGAACAGUGAGGAAUCAGCCCAGAACUACACAGGAGGAUAUUGUCAAUGAUGUCAAGGCAGCUGGGACCAUAGUCACCAAGAAAACAAUUGUUAACACACUACGCCGUGAAGGACUGAAAUCCUGCAGCGCCCGCAAGGUCCCCCUGCUCAAGAAAGCACAUAUACAGGGCCGUCUGAAGUUUGCCAAUGAACAUCUGAAUGAUUCAGAGGAGAACUGGGUGAAAGUGUUGUGGUCAGAUGAGACCAAAAUCGAGCUCUUUGGCAUCAACUCAACUCGCCGUGUUUGGAGGAGGAGGAAUGCUGCCUAUGACCCCAAGAACACCAUCCCCACCGUCAAACAUGGAGGUGGAAACAUUAUGCUUUGGAGGUGUUUUUCUGCUAAGGGGACAGGACAACUUCACCGCAUCAAAGGGACGAUGGACAGGGCCAUGUACCGUCAAAUCUUGGGUGAGAACCUCCUUCCCUCAGCCAGGGCAUUGAAAAUGGGUCGUGGAUGGGUAUUCCAGCAUGACAAUGACCCAAAACACACGGCCAAGGCAACAAAGGAGUGGCUCAAGAAGAGGCACAUUAAGGUCCUGGAGUGGCCUAGUCAGUCUCCAGACCUUAAUCCCAUAGAAAAUCUGUGGAGGGAGCUGAAGGUUCGAGUUGCCAAACGUCAGCCUCGAAACCUUAAUGACUUGGAGAAGAUCUGCAAAGAGGAGUGGAACAAAAUCCCUCUUGAGAUGUGUGUAAACCUGGUGGCCAACUACAAGAAAUGUCUGACCUCUGGUUGUCAACAAGGGUUUUGCCACCAAGUACUAAGUCAUGUUUUGCAGUGGGGUCAAAUACUUAUUUCCCUCAUUAACAUGCAAAUCAAUUGAUAACAUUUUUGACAUGUGUUUUUCUGGAUUUUGUUGUUGUUAUUCUGUCUCUCACUGUUCAAAUAAACCUACCAUUAAAAUGUAUAAACUGAUCAUGUCUUUGUCAGUGGGCAAACGUACAAAAACAGCAGGGGAUCAAAUACUUUUUUCCCUCACUGUACAUCCCCAGAGUCAGAUGAACUUGUGGAUACCAUUUUUAUGUCUGUGUCCAGUAUGAAGGAAGUUGGAGGUAGUUGCUAACUAGGGUUAGCGUAAUGAGUAAGUCUAUGGGUAUCUGCUAACGCUAGUUAGCAAGUUCCUUCAAACCACACGCAGAGACAUAAAAACGAUAUCCACGAGUUCAUUUGACUCUGGGGAAGAAGAUAAAGGGCCUCAUUGCCAAAAUCCUUAAGUAUCCCUUUAAGUGAAUGUU